AUGCAACAUUGGAACAAAUUCACCAGCAACGCAAUCGCUGUUUUUGCCUUGAUUGUCACUGCCUAUGCAUCUAUAUCAUCAAUACCAACCACCUCUAGCGAUAACAAAACUUUUCUCGCUCCCUUGAUCGAGACCUGUCCACCAGGAAGCACCUCUUGCGGCAAAGUCCCCGGCAAAUACCUAGUCCUGCUGCGGCAAGACUACACUCCAUCAGCCCCUCUCAGUUACAUAGCCACUCACCUCCACCUCCACCCAAUCAAAGAGUGGGGUCUUGAAUGGAUAGGCACCGACAAUUACAUUGCCAGCAAUGUUUCCUUGUACUCGAUAGAUUUACUUCGUCGCGACCUGGGUGUCGAGGAGAUAGACGAAGGAUGUUGGUUUCAAAUGUCUCUGGUCGAUGUAUGUCGCGAUCCAAAGUUGAGUGCAGAGGAACAGAAACAAUGUGAUGAGGGUAAAGAAGUUGUGGUGGUGGAUUGUGGAGAAACAUCGUUGUUGUGGUUGACGGAAAAGGAAAAGGAGGAUUGUGUUGAGCAAAAGAGGUUGGUCAGUUUAUUGGAAGAUCAUGGUCAAGGAGAAAUUUCAGUGAAAGAUGAGCUGUAA